ACACAAUGGCGAAACGAAAGCAGCCGAAAGAUCACGAGAUACUCGAGGAUGCUCCAGCUGGAAACGGCCGGGGCAAGGACGUGGAGGACGAGAGCGACGAUGUACAGAUAUGGACAUGCUCGAUGUAGACUUCGAGUGGUUCGACCCGCAACCAGACGUUGACUUCCACGGCCUCAAGACCCUCCUUCGACAGCUAUUCGAUGUCGACGCGCAAUUGUUUGACCUUUCCGCGCUUGCGGACCUCAUACUAUCACAACCACUGCUUGGAUCGACCGUGAAAACAGAUGGAAACGAAUCGGACCCAUACGCCUUUUUGACCGUUCUGAACCUGCAUACACAUCGGGACAAGCAAGUCAUCAAGGAUCUCACAGAAUACCUUCUCACUAAAUGCGCCUCUAUCCCGCAACUGCCGGAGCUCCUCGCACCAACGUCUAGUGCGCAAGUGGGGUUGAUCCUCACGGAGCGGUUCAUAAACAUGCCAGCCGAGAUCGUCCCGCCAAUGUACAAUAUGUUGCUAGAAGAGAUAUCCUGGGCUCUUGAAGAGAAGGAGCCUUACGAAUUCUCACACUAUCUUGUCCUCUCGAAAACGUACACGGAGGUGGAGUCUAAGCUGGACCAGGAGCAUAGCCGGCCUCAGAAGAAAAAGAAGAAGGACCCUCAGCUUGAGACGUUCUACUUCCACCCCGAAGACGAAGUCUUACACAAGCAUGCAAUGGGCAAAGCGAACUUUGACUACACGAAGCAAGGUGACGAAGGGGCAGCGGACGCAAAGCGCGCAUUCCAGGAGCUGGGGGUGAGGCCUCAAGGCCACAUGAUCUUGCUAGAAGGUGGGAAGUUUGGGGCCGCCGUUAAGGCAAUCAGCGAGUACUUGGCUCCUCAGACAUAAAUUCAAAGCGUUGUCACGAAUAUUCCGAUCAAGUCUAGAAGGUGCAUUAUGCUUUGCUCCAAUUAAGGCUCCAUUAUUGAAAAA